AACGCCAUUGGCAGCAGGUACCGGAAGCGCUGCAAGUUUCCAGCUCUGGCAAAGGUUCUUCUUGAGACGUGCUGAGGUGCAGCGUGCGCGGUUUCCCUCUGGACCAGAGCCGAAAGGAACUGGGACCGCGGCGGAGAUGGAACGCUACGUGGAAGGCCGCACGGCGAGCUCACUCUUCGCUGGAUUCCGAGCCCUGGGGCUUUUUAGUAAUGACAUCCCGCACGUGGUGCGGUUCAGUUCGCUGAAGCGCCGGUUCUACGUUACGACCUGCGUGGGCAAGAGCUUCCACACGUAUGACGUUCAGAAACUUAGUCUGGUUGCAGUAAGUAACUCUGUUCCACAGGAUAUCUGCUGUAUGGCAGCUGAUGGGAGGCUAGUUUUCGCUGCUUAUGGGAGUAUUUUUUCUGCAUUUGCCCGUAAUAAAGAGAUAGUACAUACCUUUAAGGGUCAUAAGGCAGAAAUCCAUCUUUUGCAACCUUUUGGGGAUCACAUUAUCUCUGUUGAUGCUGACAGCGUUCUUAUUAUUUGGCAUAUAUAUUCAGAAGAAGAAUACCUACAAUUGACUUUCGAUAAAUCAGUUUUUAAAAUUUCUGCGAUUUUGCAUCCAAGUACCUACUUGAACAAAAUACUUCUGGGCAGUGAACAAGGAAGUCUGCAGUUGUGGAAUGUAAAAUCCAAUAAGCUUCUGUAUACAUUUCCAGGAUGGAAGGUUGGAGUGACUGCUCUUCAGCAGGCACCAGCUGUGGAUGUUGUUGCUGUUGGUCUUAUGUCAGGUCAGGUUAUCAUUCACAACAUUAAGUUUGAUGAAACAUUAAUGAAGUUUCGUCAAGACUGGGGACCCAUAACUUCAAUUUCAUUUCGCACAGAUGGUCAUCCAAUAAUGGCAGCUGGAAGCCCAUGUGGCCAUAUUGGACUUUGGGACCUAGAAGACAAAAAAUUAAUCAAUCAAAUGAGAAAUGCACACUCUACAGCAAUUGCUGGACUGACAUUUCUCCAUAGAGAACCUCUUCUUGUCACAAAUGGUGCUGACAAUGCUCUCAGGAUAUGGAUAUUUGAUGGCCCCACAGGUGAAGGCCGACUUUUGAGAUUCAGAAUGGGCCAUAGCGCUCCUCUUACCAGGAUCAGAUACUAUGGACAAAAUGGACAACAAAUUCUAAGUGCAAGUCAAGAUGGAACUCUUCAGUCAUUUUCUACGGUACAUGAAAAAUUCAAUAAGAGUUUGGGACUUGGAUUAAUUAAUAAAAAGAGACUCAAGCGGAAAGGACUUCAGAAUACCAUGUCAGUAAGACUUCCACCUAUCACAAAGUUUGCAGCUGAGGAAGCUCGAGAGAGUGACUGGGAUGGUAUCAUUGCUUGCCAUCAAGGUAAGCUAUCUUGCUCAACCUGGAAUUAUCAAAGGUCUACAAUAGGUGCUUACUUUCUCAAGCCAAAAGAAUUGAAGAAAGAUGACAUCACUGCAACAGCAGUAGAUAUUACUUCUUGUGGAAACUUUGCUGUGAUUGGUCUUUCAUCAGGAAGUGUAGAUGUGUAUAAUAUGCAGUCCGGGAUACAUCGGGGAAGUUUUGGCAAGGAUCAAGCUCAUAAGGGAUCUAUUAGAGGUGUUGCAGUGGAUGGAUUAAAUCAGUUGACAGUUACAGCUGGUAGUGAAGGAUUACUCAAAUUUUGGAACUUUAAAAACAAAAACUUAAUCCAUUCUAUGAGCCUUGAUUCAUCUCCAAAUAUGAUGCUGCUACAUAGGGACAGUGGCAUUCUGGGACUUGCCUUGGAUGACUUCUCCAUUAGUGUUCUGGACAUAGAAACUAGGAAGAUUAUGAGAGAGUUUUCCGGACACCAAGGCCAAAUAAAUGACAUGGCUUUCAGUCCUGAUGGUCGUUGGUUAAUAAGUGCUGCAAUGGAUUGCUCUGUUAGGACUUGGGACCUUCCAUCUGGUUGCCUUGUAGACUGUUUUUUGUUGGACGCAGCUCCUCUCAAUGUUACUAUGUCCCCUACUGGAGACUUUCUAGCUACUUCCCACGUGGACCACCUUGGAAUUUAUUUAUGGUCUAAUAUUUCCCUGUAUUCAGUUGUCUCAUUACGGCCACUUCCUACAGAUUAUGUUCCUUCAGUAGUGAUGCUUCCUGGGACUUGUCAAACCCAAGAUAUAGAUAUAACAGAAGAAAAUGUAGAACCAAGUGAUGAAAUGAUAGAGUAUGAUUCACCAGAACAGUUGAAUGAACAAUUGGUGACUCUCUCACUUCUCCCUGAAUCACGGUGGAAGAACCUUCUUAAUCUUGAUGUUAUUAAGAAAAAGAAUAAACCAAAGGAACCACCCAGAGUACCCAAAUCAGCACCAUUUUUUAUUCCAACGGUCCCUGGCCUUGUACCCAGAUAUGUUACACCUGAACAAAAUAAUGAUCCCCAGCAGUCUAAAGUUGUAAAUCUUGGGAUCUUAGCUCAGAAGUCAGAUUUCUGCUUGAAACUUGAAGAAGGACUGGUAAAUAAUACGUAUGAAGCCGCUCUCAGCCUUCUGAAAGAAAUGGGCCCAUCAGGAAUUGAAACAGAGCUAAGGAAUUUGUCUCCUGACUGUGGUGGAUCUAUAGAAGUCAUGCAGAGUUUCUUGAAAAUGAUCGAGAUGAUGUUGGACAGAAAGCGUGAUUUUGAGUUAGCCCAGGCAUACCUUGCAUUGUUUCUAAAAUUACACCUUAAAAUGCUUCCUACAGAACCAGUACUCCUAGAAGAAAUGACAAAGUUGUCAUCACAAGUGGAAGAAAGCUGGAUUCAUUUACAGUCCCUCUUCAAUCAAAGCAUGUGUGUUUUAAAUUAUAUCAAAAGUGCUUUGUUAUAAAAAAAACCGUAAGUGAUUAAAGAAAGCAAAGAUUUUUAUUAGAUGGGUUCAGUGUGAAAAAAGUGCAGCACUACAGAAUAGUAAAUAACUCAGUACUUUAAAUGCUAAAUACUUUCUUGAAAUAAAAUUUCCCCCACUUUUGUUUGGAAAGCCUUAAGAAUCUACUCAGAUAACUUACUUUGAGUUCCUUCAUUUUAGGUACUUUUAUGGCUUUUUAAAUUAUUGUUGUCAGCAUGUGUUUUUUAAUAUGUUACAUAUAAGAGAUACUACAUAUUUAGUGUGAAGUACUGAAUUAAGUUAAAGAUAUCAGUUGUAAGGGAUCUGUAAUAUAGUUAUAAAAAUGCCCUUAUGAAGAAAAAAGGAGUGUUUCCUUCCUUGAUAGUUUUUGAUGAAAUCAUGGCUCUUAUUGUUGGAAGGCAUUUUGGACAUCAUCUAGUACUGCCUUCAUAUGUGGUUGAAGAAGAAUCAGUAUAAGGUCACUGGGAUCUCAGUGAUGAAUCUGAAUUUCUAAUACAGGCCUAGUGCUUUUUCCACUGUCAAUCAUGAAGGAACUUAUUCUUGGAUCAGAAGUAUGAUGGGCACUUGCCCAAGGCAAAUUGUUAUAGAAAAAGAUUGAAUGGAUACCCAUAAUAGGAAAGGGGAAUUCCAAUUUCUAUUGAAGGUUGUCCUUAAAAGAGAUUUUCCUUCUUCACGGAUGACUUGCUUUAUUUGGGAAGAAACUGCUGACUCUUCUUUUCUGUCUCAACUAUUGCAAAACCUGGAAGAUCUGGCAGUUUUCUCUUUCCUCAUCAUUUUCCUUUUUAUGUUUCAGUACUUGAGCAAUACAUAAGUUAAAAAUAAGCAGUUCUUAAAAUUAAAAGCACAGUGUUCUAAAAAACUGCUUUUAUUUAGUACACUCAAAACUAGUGUCAUUCCUAAAAUGCAGCUGGUUAGAUUUAGACACCAAUAACAUUCUUGUUAAAUAUUAGAGUUUUACAGACUAAUCUCCUCCCAAAAAAGCAGUCCUUAAAAGGAAUUGACUAAGAAGGAAUUUAAUGUUAAAAUGUUUUUAUUUAAUAAUGUAGAAUUAGUAAACUAGGGAAGUAAGUUUGUGUUCAGUUUUGGUUAUCUUUUAAAAAUAUAUAUCAAUUUGUUAAAGCCACUAACUGAAAUGUUAAUAAUGAUUUAAGUUCUGCCUUUAAAAACUGACCUGAGGGGCUGGGACUAUACCUCAGCGGUAGAGCACUUGCCUGCCUAGCCUGAGGCACUGGGUUCAAUUCUCUGCAUCACAUUAAAAAUAAAUAGUUAUUGUGUCUAUCUACAACUAAAAAAUAUAUUUAAAAAAAAUUUAAAAACUUUCCUGAGUAUGAUUUCCCCUGUUCUCAACAUAAUUAUUGUAGAAAUAUGGCAAAAAUACAGUAUGCAGUCGUAUACCUUGUAAAGAUUGUAAAUAGCUAAAACAAAUGAUAAUAACUAUCAACAGAAAUCAUUUUUUUAACAAAUCAUGAACUGAAAUUUUUUAUAUUUUCAAAUGAGAGUAUUGAGUUGAAUAUGUUAUUUUUAUUGGAGAUAUCUUUGGAUAGUAUUACCCACAUUAGUUUGGCAGGUUACCUUCCAGAAGCUUUUCUAUGCAUUUACCAUCAAAGAGGGAGGGGAAAAGAACAUAAAGUAUAAUUUUGUAUAUAUUUUUUAAAAAUCAGUCUGUGUAUAUUGCUGUAUCUUUAAAUUUUAAAUUAAACAUAAUAAGUGAUGUCAGACAUCUUUUUUGACAACUCUUCAAUCUCUGUAUAUAACCACAGGAAAUAAAAUGUAUAGUUUUGGUUUUUUACAUAAAGAUCUUUACAUCAUUCUGCAACUUGCUUUUACCACUUGUUUUUUUUUUUUUUUUUUUUAAAUAUUUAUUUAUUUUUUAAGUUUUCGGCAGACACAACAUUUUUGUUUGUAUGUGGUGCUGAGGAUCAAACCUGGGCCGCACACAUGCCAGGCAAGCGCGCUACCACUUGAGCCACAUCCCCAGCCCACCACUUGUUUUUUAUUUUAGUACAUUCUCAUUGAACUGAUCUUUAUUUUGCAUCAUGUCCCAUAAUCUGUUUGGCCUAAAAUGGACACUUAGGUAGUCCUCCCUUCUAAUUCUAAACAGAGCUGGAGUGAACAUCAUCUUAUGUGAGUCUUUAUGUGCAUGUAAUAAUUUCUCUGUAGUAAUUGCUUAGAAUUCGAAUUGCUGGGCCAGAGGAUAAGUAUUUUUAAUUUAAAGAGAUACUUCCAUCCAGUUGGCUUCCAAAAUGACUAUCAUGUUUACAGUUCCCCUCAGCUAAGAAUGAGCAGCUACUUCCCCUUCUCAUGGAACUCUUUAAUAAAAUCUUUAUAAUUUUUAUUAACCUAAUGAGUGAAAAAAUUUAUUUUAAUUCAGAUGAGCAUCUUUUCAUGUUUGUUUUAGACCAUAUUUUUUGGUGAGUUAUCUUUUUCUUCUUCUCAUUUUUUUAUUGAAUGAUUUGUCUUUUUAUCUCAUGGAUUUGGUUAAGUUUUUAUAAAACUUAGAUAUUGGUCUAUGUCUGUUUCCAAUGUUUUUUCCCAGUUGACUGCUUGUCUUUAACCUUAGUUAGCAUUUCUUUUUUUUUUUUAAAGAUAGGAGAGAGAGAGAGAUUUAAUAUUUAUUUUUCAGUUUUCGGUGGACACAUCUUUAUUUUUAUGUGGUGCUGAGGAUCGAACCCAGCGCCCCGUGCAUGCCGGGUGAGCGCGUUACCACUUGAGCCACAUCCCCAGCCCAGCAUUUCUUUUUUUAAUAGAGAUUUUAUAUUUUUAUAUAGCCAAAUUGAUCAAUUUUGUCUUAUUCUAAGACAUUAAUCAUAUUUUUUUAAUCUUGUUUAUAUUUGUUCAUUUUGCAGUUGUAUUUUCUCCUGCAAUGUGCAUCUGUGUGAGUUGUUAAUGUCUAGAUCUUUAUCUGUAAUUGUGUGACUAAAGUAAGGUAUAGACAUGCCUAAAUUCAAAUGUCUUCAAAAAUAAUUUAUUGAAAAAUUAAUUCUUUUGUCUCUGAUUUGAAAUUCUGCUUCAUUAAAUGUACUAAAAUCUUUUAUUGAGCCAUUUUAUAUUUCUAAUAAAUGUAUUACUUUGAUGGUA